UAGACCGUGACAGAGAAAAUGGACGGGGUAAACAGAGAGGAAAACAUUCGGCUAAGGGACCUCAGACUGGAUUCAAACAAGGCUGAGUCGUUGCCAUUCAGCCUUCGUGGUCCAAGAACACAACUUCCUCUGCAACAGGACAACUUGACUCAGUGCACAGAGACUGUCUGCCUCAGUGCACCAUGGAGAGAGUCGCUGUGGUGUCAGCUCGCAGGAGUCCCUCAGUACCAGAAUGCAACAUCUCAACCUCCACCUUAGCCUUCGACCAACACUUCACCACUACUGCCAAAGGAACACUCCUCCUGGCUGAGAUACUGUGUGGUAUGUUGGUGUGGAUUCUGGUCGGGGGUACGGAGUAUUUUCGUCUGUCUGGUCUGUGCUGGGUGAUGUUUGUUGCCAUCUCGUGCUGGGUUCUGACUGUUUGCCUGUUUAUAAUUUACCUCACUGGAGCCCACAACAGGAUACCACAGAUCCCCUGGACUACACUGUCACUUUGUUUGAACUGUAGUGCUGCAGUUCUGUAUCUGGUGACAGCAGUAGUAGAUGCUCUCUCAGUCAACCAGGCCAUUAGGGGGCGACACAACUACAACUGCUGGGCAGCAUCUGCAUUCUUUGCAUUUCUGACCACGAUGUGCUAUACAGGAAGCAGUUACCUGAGCUACUGUGACUGGAAAACCACAGAAGAAGGACAAUAGACAUGCUGUUUGAAAGCAACAACGUUAAGACCUUCUUGAGGACCGUGCACUGAAAUAAAUUAUUCUGUAGUCAUUUCAUUUUACUUAAU